AUGGGCUGCUGUGCCUCUGUGCUGUCGCGUAAUGUUACCGACGAAACCUCCUAUUCGCAAGAACGUAUCUCACACCAAACACAAACUCAGGAAGCCAACAACGGCUCUAGACCGCCAGGGCGACGAUCGCGCCGCGCCCCAAAUGUCCCACUAAAUCAGCACUACAAUGAGCCAGUGCGCGAGCAUGUCUGGCGCAGCAAGCGGCGGACGUGGACGCGCGCGCAGCUGGACCGCGAGAGAGCCGAGUUCUUCGAAACGCGCGUGACCGGGAGACCGGAGAUCUGGGCUGCGAUUUCGACGGCGAUUCUGCUGAUUCGUAGCGGCGACCUGGCUACUGCUCAGGGGAUCGUUGAUGCUGCGGGGAUUACUAUUCCCACCGGGGAUCUGUGCGAGGGUUGUUAUGAUGAGCAGGGUGUGCUUUACAGGCUUCCGCAGUGCGUUGUUAGUGAUCCUGAGGAUAUGGUUGCUUCUUCUUUCCAGAUGGCUGAAGAUGGAGGCUCGGGUGUUGAUGACGAACCGGAUGCUGGGAAUCUCUCAGAUGGUAAGCUUGCAACGGAUGAUGCUUCUGGGGAUGAAUUGAUUUCCCAGGAUGUUGAGCGUCGCCGUGAUGAGAAGGGAAAGACGAGCGAGCGGGAUCUGAUCCGUGUGAUUGCGCGGUUGAGUGACCGUGGUGGUCCGGAUAUUUUGCUUUCUGUCGACAAGGGUCAGACUGUGGGCUUUUUGGCGAGGAAGGUGCAUCAAGAAGCUAAGGUCGGUUUUUACCCUGGGCUUGCGUUCAUCUAUUCACUCUACUACGGAGUAUAG